AUGUCCCACGAUACAAGCAAUGGCACGGCGAAGCGCCGAGUGUUGGUAGUUGGAGCAGGUGGUGUGGGGACAAUGGUCUGCGUCGCCCUCGAAAGAUCUGGACAAGCAUCAGUCACGGCUGUUCUGCGGUCAAAUUAUGAGCAGGUUGUCCAGCAUGGAUUCGAAAUCGAGUCCAUCGAUCAUGGGAAACUAUCAUCCUGGAGACCGAGUGCAGUCGUCAAUGCAGUCCCACAGCCGGAUGCCAAUGCCCCAUUCGACUAUGUGGUCGUCACAAUGAAGAACAUUCCUGAAGUGAACAAUAUUCCGAAGAUCAUAGCUCCAGCCAUGACCCCAGGGCACACCGCGAUCGUGUUAUUCCAGAAUGGACUGUACAUCGAGCCGCCAAUCCUCGAAGCAUUCCCCUCGAAUGUGGUGCUCUCAGCGCCGAGUUUCAUCGGCGCACAUGAGAACAAUGGCCACGUAACCCACACCGACCACGACAACUUCCACAUCGGCGCAUUCCGCAACAAAGCACUAGACGCGAAACUCGAACGCGCCAAGCUCGAAGAGUUCGCGGCAAUCUAUAACGCCAGCAAAGUCGUCGAUGCAGAGGUCGUUGAUGACAUCAUCCUAUAUCGCUGGCGGAAGGUGCUCUGGAACGGAAUCUUCAAUCCCAUGUGCGCUAUCACGCAGCUUGAUAGUGCCGCGGUGCGACGUUUUGGUGGCGAGCAUAGUUUGAUUAGACCCGGUAUGACUGAGAUGGUCGCCAUUGCCAAGGCAGAUGGCUAUGAUCUUGGACCUGGCAUUGUCGAUGAGAUGAUUGAGUCGACCCCGAUCGAGUUAUCGUUCCGACCCAGUAUGCUGGUGGAUGUGGAUAAGGGGAAUCCCAUGGAGGUGGAGGUUAUUUUGGGCAAUGCUUUGCGUGUGGCGAGGGAGAAGGGUGUCGCUACACCGGUUUUGGAUAAUACGUAUCGGUUUGCGAAGCUCACCCAGGCGCGAUUGUUGGCCGCAAGGGGGUUGAUUGUUGAGCCGAAGGAGCUGCCAACUCAAGAUUUGAUAUAA